AUGAACCAAUACGAACAUAAAGUAGCUGUUGUAACCGGCGCUAGUGCCGGAAUUGGUGCAAAUAUAACAGAAAUGCUUUUGGAUAAUGGAAUAACAGUGGUUGGUUUAGCAAGAGGUAAAGAAAAAAUAGAAGAAAUCACGCAAAAGCGCUCAUUUAAAGGAACGCUUCAUGCGUUAAAAUGCGAUGUAACAAAACCCGAGGAAAUUAUAAAUUCAUUUAAAUGGAUAGAAGAGAAUGUUGGACCGUUAACAAUUUUGAUUAACAAUGCAGGAAUUUCAGGUAAAAACAAUAUAAUAGACGGAGUUAUCAAAGAUUGGAAAGACACUAUAGACACGAAUCUUAUCGGUGCAUCGGUAACAUGCCGUGAAGCAAUAUUCCAAAUGACGAAAAAUAAUAUCGAUGGAAUUAUUAUCAAUAUCGGGAGUACUGCUGGUCAUCAAGUUGACGAUGUGGAUGCGUUCGAUAUGUAUAUUGCUUCAAAACAUGGAUUGAAAGCUUUGUCUGAAAGUAUACGAUUGCAUUUAUUACGACUUAAUUCAAAAAUUAGAGUUUCGAGUGUUAGUCCAGGUAUUGUUGAGACAGAUAUUUGGGUGUCAAGUGGUGUGUUUACUAAAGAGGAAUUUGAUAAAAAUUUCAAGACAACGUUACCUUUUUUAAACGUGGAAGACGUUACAAACGCUGUUAAGUAUAUUUUGAGUAAUCCUCCACAUGUCAAGGUUGUUGAUGUUAUCAUAAAACCAAUUGGGCAGAAAUAA